AUGCCCCACUCGUCCCUAUUGCUGCCGCCGGACUACCGCCGCCACGUCGCGCGUGACCUAGUGGCCUUCUUCCACUCGCUCGGCCGCUUCGGCGUCGCCUCGAACCGCUUCGACCUGCGCGCCGACGCCUACCGCUCGUUCCUCGAGAACCUCCUGCUCGGGUCGCUCGGCUUUGGCGUCGCCGUCUUUGCUGUCCUCUGCGUCCUCGUCGUGCGGCGCACGAUACUGCACGUCCACUUGCGUCGGAGACGUCGCUCGGAUGCCGCAGACACGACGUCAACAGAGUUAGUGGCAGUCGCACUGCUGAGUGUGUUGGCCCUCAGUGCCCUGGGCGGACUCCUGGGAGAAGCUCACGUCAAGUACAGCGCCAGUGUCGUACUGGAGACGAUGACGAACGCCAGCGACUUGUUCCACGACGCUCGGGAGCUCACGCAGCAGAGCUCGCACGCGAGUGACGCACUGCGGGUCACUGCUGACAAUUUGAUCACGUCGUUCAAUGAGACUGAGGUACCCGCUGCGGCGUUUGAGCUGUCCAUUGAAGCACUGCGACUUGUGCAUGCGUCGAAAGACCUGUGGAACCAAUCGGACGCAAUGCUGCCGACGGACUUUUCGGACAUGGCGAGCGACUGGGAAGCGAGCUACUUUCUGCUCGAGGCCUCGACGAACGGCGCGAUCUUGGCUGUCGUGCUCGCGAGCUUCUUGUCCAUCGCGUCUGUCGGGUGGGCCAUGGUCUCUCCCCUGCGUCUCUCGAUUCUCGUGAUCUUGAGCGUCGUGCCGAUCUCGCACACGCUCGUUGGCGCCUACUUGUCCUCGACAGUUAUGGUGGCGGACUUUUGCGCGGCGCCGAUGAACAGUACGCUCGAGCUCGUGGGCGCGACGCCAGUUGCCAGCUACUACAUUGAAUGCCCUGGGAACGCUUCGCUGCCGUUUGCCGAUGCUGUGGCCAGUGUUCGAGAGACUGGAGGGAAAGCGGCUGCGAUCCAGCAAGAGUUGGAGCGCCGAGCGUCGCGCCAAGGAGACGUUGGCCGUCGCAUGAAGAAGGAGUUUUUGGACCCGAUUGGAGACCAACUGGAGCACGUGGACGACCUGCUGAACGAGUUUGUAGCCUUGCAGGCGUGCACGAACACGUCGAGUGCGUUUGCGUACGCUGCUACGACGCUGUGUGAGUAUGGCAUGCUGGGCUUCUUCUCCAUGUGGGUGCACCAGCUGUUGCUGUGCCAAAUUCUGGUUGCGUGCGUCGUGGUGUCCGUGCUGGUGUACGAGCGCGUGUGCGCCCGCGAGGUCUGCCUCGACGACAGGCGCUACCAUCUUGUGUCCAGCUACGAAGAGGAUGGCAUGGAGCACGUCUACCUCUCGCCCGAGUAG